GAGUUGCACUUUAAAGCCCAAAAAUUAGACCAAAGGAGUUUUGCGAUGCAAAGCAGGAAGGCUUUUGAUUGUUUAUCAAGGUCAGGUUUAUAAACUGUUUAAUAAUUCUCUUCCUGAUUACUUAAGAUUCUGAGUGUAAUUGAUCCAAUGAAAUGUAAGCUGGUGAUUGAGGCCCUCUGACUUGCCGAUAAAGGCUUUUAACUAAUGAGGCAGGAAACCGCCUUUCCGCAUUCCACAGCUGCAAACUUUAAGACCUUACUAUGUCUCACUAUUACAGUGGUCAAGUACAAUUAUGAGGAUCACGCUUUGUGGAUACGCUACGUUACUGCUGAGAAAUUGGAUUGUGGAAAUUCAUAUAGCCAUACAAGGUUAACAAAUACGCAGCACUAUGAAGAGGUCAGCGCGACGUGACUCUGACUGGGAGGAGAGAAAAUCCACUGUUAUCUAUGGUAGGAUGUUCACUGGGUUUGUCUUGCGAGGUUGCUGUGUUAUUAACUGGGUUGUGGAUUGUUAUUCAUUUGUAUCAGUGAACUCUUCUUUGUGGGUGAUUCUCACAAAAACACAUUAAAUACUUUAAGUACAAACUAAUUUAAAUAAUAUAUAAUAUUUGCAUUACAGUAAUGGGAAUAUUUUUUGCUUUGCAGUAAUAAAUAUAGGGGACAUUUCUGUAACUGUCAUUAAAAUGAUCACAAUGCAAAAAUUCUUAUUCGUCCUAAACAUAAACUUAGUGUGGCCUAAAAAUCACCGCAAGUUCUUUAUAACUGGCCCUAUACACCACUUGUCUCACUCAAUGUAUCAGUCAGUGUGUUUAUCAUCUCUCACCCCGUUUCAAAAAAUAAAGCUGCCCGACUGGCCACGCUUGGAACUUGGCGGAUGUUAACUCUGGGGGCAGAGUUCAGUUCCUGGGCUCAGACUUCUGAGCCAAAUGAAAAGCAGAGGAGCAGAAGAGCAGCUUUCACAGAACUAUCCAGCAAGGAUAACCUGUAUGAGGAGAGCCAAACUGCAAGAGAUAACCAGAACACUGCAAAACCUAGCAAAUAUGACACUGUUAUAGAGCUGGAGAGACCCAGUGACCUGAGGAACACAGAUAUCAUCAGCGCCCAUGAAAUGUUUCAAGAGCAGGUAACACCAUGGGAGGAGAGGAUGGCUCGCUUUGGAGACGAUCUGCCCACCCGUUAUGGAGGUCCAGCGGGCGCCGGGAGAGGGGGAGCCCGGGCGGGAGGUCCCUCGGGCGGUCAAAGAAUGUACAAACAGUCGAUGGCUCAGAGAGCCAGGACAAUGGCUUUAUAUAAUCCUAAACAAACCAAACAGAACUGUCUCACUGUCAACCGCUCUUUGUUCAUCUUCAGUGAGGACAAUGUCAUCAGAAAAUACGCCAAAAGAAUAACCGAAUGGCCUCCAUUUGAGUACCUGAUCCUCACGACCAUCAUCGCCAACUGCAUCGUACUGGCCCUGGAACAGCAUCUCCCAGCCAUGGACAAGACCCCCAUGUCUGAACGCUUGGACGACACAGAGCCCUACUUUAUCGGAAUAUUCUGCUUUGAGGCCGGCAUUAAGAUCAUCGCCCUGGGCUUUGUGUUUCACAAAGGCUCUUACCUACGCAACGGCUGGAACGUAAUGGACUUUGUGGUCGUUCUGACAGGGAUUUUAACCACAGUGGGCUCACAGUUUGACUUAAGAACGUUGCGGGCCGUCAGAGUGCUGAGACCCCUCAAACUGGUGUCAGGAAUCCCAAGUCUUCAAGUAGUAUUAAAGUCCAUUAUGAAGGCCAUGGUUCCCCUUCUUCAGAUUGGACUGUUGCUCUUCUUUGCCAUCGUUAUGUUUGCCAUCAUCGGUGUAGAGUUCUACAUGGGCAAGUUCCACCUCACCUGCUUUAGUGUAGAAACAGGAGAAAAGGUUGGUGAUUACCCAUGUGGUAUAGAGAAAUCCGCAAGAAAGUGUCCCGAAGGAACAGUAUGUCAGGAGUACUGGAAAGGACCCAACUACGGCAUCACAAAUUUCGAUAACAUCCUCUUUGCUAUCCUCACAGUCUUCCAGUGCAUCACUAUGGAAGGAUGGACUGAUGUACUAUAUCAUGCUAAUGAUGCCUCUGGGAACACCUGGAACUGGCUGUACUUUAUCCCUCUCAUCAUCAUUGGCUCCUUCUUCAUGCUUAACCUCGUCCUGGGUGUCUUAUCAGGGGAAUUUGCCAAAGAAAGAGAGCGAGUGGAGAAAAGGCAAGAGUUCUUGAAGCUCCGCAGACAGCAGCAGAUUGAGAGAGAGCUCACUGGAUACCUGGAGUGGAUCUGCAAGGCAGAGGAGGUGUUGCUGGCAGAGGAAGACCAGAAUGCUGAGGAGAAAUCACCUCUGGAUGGUGCGUGGUACAGGAGGAAACAAAACAACUCAGUCCUGAAAAGAACAAAGACCAGAAAGGGUAGAAACGAUCUCAUCAGUGCUGAAGAAGGAGAGGAACAUUUCACAGACAUCUCCUCUGUCGCACCACCUGGAUCACCUUUCGCCCGAGCUAGCCUGAAGAGCAGUAAGAACGAUAGUUCCUCAUACUUCCGUCGAAAGGAAAAGAGGAUACGCUUUUUCAUCCGGCGGAUGGUGAAGGCACAAAGUUUCUACUGGAUCGUUCUCUGCUUGGUGGGAUUGAACACGAUGUGUGUGGCUAUGGUCCAUUACGACCAGCCUGAGGGGCUCACCAAGGCCCUGUACCUGGCAGAGUUUGUAUUCCUGGGUCUGUUUCUGACAGAGAUGACUCUGAAGAUGUACGGCCUGGGGCCCAGAAACUACUUUCACUCCUCGUUCAACUGUUUUGACUUUGGGGUAAUUGUGGGGAGUAUAUUUGAGGUGGUGUGGGCAGCAAUCCAGCCUGGUGCGUCUUUUGGGAUCAGUGUUCUGAGAGCCCUGCGCCUGCUCCGUAUCUUUAAAGUAACCAAAUAUUGGAACUCUUUGCGGAAUCUGGUGGUUUCACUGUUAAACUCCAUGAAGUCCAUCAUCAGCUUGCUCUUCCUUCUCUUCCUCUUCAUCGUGGUGUUUGCUCUGCUAGGAAUGCAGCUUUUCGGGGGCCAGUUUAAUUUUGAAGAUGAAACACCCACUACAAAUUUUGACAGCUUCCCUGCAGCCAUAAUGACAGUAUUCCAGAUUUUGACAGGAGAGGAUUGGAAUGCAGUGAUGUAUCAUGGCAUUGAGUCCCAGGGUGGCGUCCGGGGUGGAAUGUUCUCCUCGGUCUACUUCAUUGUUCUUACACUUUUUGGAAACUACACACUUCUCAAUGUAUUCUUGGCCAUUGCUGUGGAUAACCUCGCCAAUGCACAGGAGCUGACAAAGGAUGAAGAGGAACAAGAGGAGGCAGCGAAGAAGAGCAUGGCUCUUCAGAAAGCCAUGGAGGUGAAGGAGGUCAGCCCCAUGUCUGCUGCCAACAUCUCAAUAGCAGCUUUUGUAAAGCAAAAUCGAGAUGCAAUCUCUCGCAGGUCUUCAGUCUGCAGCGUUCACUCACCUAAAGAGCAGCAGAGGUCACUGCAGAAGAUGUCCAUUUGGGAGCAGCGCACCAACCAGCUGCGCAGACACAAUCUGCGCAACAGCAGCGAGGCCCUUUACAACGAACUAGAGCCCGAAGAGCGUCUGCGCGUGUCUUCAGCACUGCAUCUGCGGCCCGACAUGAAGGCUCACCACGAUCGGCCGCUGGUGGUGGAACAUCGAGACGGCACUGUGGACAGUUCCAAGACUGAUGGAGAUGGAGACACUCGAGAGUGUCAACCGUCCUCCGCAAACCCAAGGAAACACCAUCGAUGUCGAGGAGAGAACGGAGAUGCAGGGGAGGGGCGGCACCAUAGACACCACAGCCGAAACAGAGAGCACCAGGGCGGCCUGGAGCGCAGCUGCAGUCAGGAUGGGGGACAAAGGAACCACCAAACGGCUGGCUCUCCUGAGGAGGGCAUAGGGAUAGAGGACAGAGAACACAGACACCACCAUUCUCGCCGAUCCAGAGAGCUCAACGGGAAUGGCAACGGCACGAUCGGUAAUGGAGGCAGGGGUGAGAGUAGGAUACGAGGUCACAGAGAGGGCGAAGGAGGGAAUGGAGAGAAGAAGAGACACCGGCCCCGCGUUAAAGCCCAGUCCACACUGGAUGGAGAAGAAUGCAGGGAGAAUGGAAAACGCAGGGGCAGACCGACAGAAACAGACAGCCUAGCCACCAGCCCUCUCCAGUCUCCUACUGAUGAGAAGCCAGAAGUCACGGAUAAUCUAAAAAACAGCACCAGAGCAGGCCCGACCGGAGUCAACAUCCCCGUCACCAUAACUGCCCCGCCAGGAGAGACCAUAAUCAUUCCCAUGAACAACAUUGAUGGUGACAGUUUACUGCUGAACGAGGAAAAGAAGGAUCUUGAUGAGCUAAAUCAGAAUGCGCCCAAACUCAUUCUGCCAUACAGCUCCAUGUUUGUGUUUGGUCCAACUAACCCAGUGAGACGGCUGUGUCAUUAUGUGGUGAACCUGCGGUAUUUUGAGAUGUGUAUCCUCACAGUCAUCACCAUGAGCAGCAUCGCUCUCGCUGCUGAAGACCCCGUGCAGGCCAAUGCCCCCCGCAAUGAUGUGCUGAAAUACCUAGAUUACGUCUUCACUGGUGUGUUCACAUUUGAGAUGGUUAUAAAGAUGAUCGAUCUUGGGCUGCUGUUGCAUCCUGGGUCUUACUUCAGGGACCUGUGGAACAUACUGGACUUCAUCGUAGUCAGCGGCGCUCUGGUGGCCUUCGCCUGCUCAGGAACUAAAGGCAAGGACAUCAACACCAUCAAGUCCCUAAGGGUCCUUCGAGUCCUGAGGCCUUUGAAGACCAUCAAACGUUUGCCUAAACUGAAGGCUGUGUUUGACUGCGUUGUGAACUCUCUGAAGAAUGUGCUCAACAUCCUCAUCGUUUACAUCCUCUUCAUGUUCAUCUUCGCCGUCAUUGCUGUGCAGCUUUUCAAAGGGAAGUUUUUUCACUGCACCGAUGAGUCCAAAGCCCUGGAGAAGGACUGCAGGGGUCAGUUCCUGGAGUACGGCAGUGAUGGAGUGGCCAUGACGCAGCCUCGCGAGUGGAAGAAGUAUGAUUUCCAUUAUGACAACGUCCUGUGGGCCUUUCUUACCCUGUUCACUGUCUCUACAGGAGAGGGCUGGCCAACAGUGCUGAAACAUUCUGUAGAUGCCACAUAUGAAGACCAGGGUCCCAGUCCGGGUUACCGCAUGGAAACCUCUAUCUUCUAUGUGGUCUACUUCAUCGUCUUCCCCUUCUUCUUUGUCAACAUCUUUGUGGCUUUGAUCAUCAUCACGUUCCAGGAGCAGGGAGAUAAAGCCAUGUCAGAGUGCAGCUUGGAAAAGAACGAGCGAGCUUGUAUUGACUUUGCCAUCAACGCCAAACCUCUGACCCGCUACAUGCCGCAGGACAAGCAGUCUUACCAGUACAAGAUGUGGAAGUUUGUGGUGUCCACUCCAUUUGAGUACUCCAUCCUGAGCAUGAUUGCCGUCAACACAGUAGUCCUCAUGAUGAAGUUCCAUGAUGCUCCUAAACCGUAUGAGGACAUGUUGAAGUGGCUGAACAUCAUCUUCACGGCUCUCUUUACACUGGAGUGCAUUCUCAAGGUCAUCGCCUUUGGCCCUCUGAACUACCUGAAGGAGGCAUGGAACAUUUUUGACUUUGUUACUGUGCUGGGGAGCAUCACAGACAUUCUGGUUACUGAGAUCAAGACGGAUAAGAAGAUUAAUCUGAGUUUCCUGAGACUCUUCCGGGCCGCUCGUCUCAUUAAACUCCUCCGGCAGGGCUACACCAUUCGCAUCCUGCUCUGGACCUUCGUUCAGUCAUUUAAGGCUUUGCCGUAUGUGUGUCUCCUCAUUGCAAUGCUCUUCUUCAUUUACGCCAUCAUCGGGAUGCAGGUGUUUGGUAACAUCAAGUUGAAUGAAGAGUCAGCCAUCAAUCAUCACAAUAACUUCCAAACCUUUUUUCAGGCCCUCAUGUUGUUGUUCAGGAGUGCUACAGGGGAAGGUUGGCACGAGAUCAUGUUGGCUUGUCUGAGCGAAAGGCCAUGUGACGACGAAUCUGGCUACAGUGGAAAAGAGUGCGGCAGUGAUUUCGCUUACUUCUACUUUGUCUCUUUCAUCUUUCUUUGUUCUUUCCUGAUGCUGAAUCUGUUUGUUGCUGUCAUCAUGGAUAACUUUGAGUACCUGACACGUGACGCUUCUAUUCUCGGGCCUCAUCACCUCGACGAGUUCAUCCGGGUCUGGGCUGAGUACGACCCUGCCGCCUGUGGACGCAUGUCCUACCUCGAUAUGUACGAGAUGCUUCGCCACAUGUCCCCUCCGCUAGGUUUGGGAAAGAAAUGUCCUCCACGAAUCGCCUACAAGCGGUUGGUGAGGAUGAACAUGCCCAUAGCUGAAGACAACACUGUUCACUUUACCUCCACUUUAAUGGCUCUCAUCCGGACCGCCCUGGAGAUUAAACUGGCAUCAGGAGUUCUGGCUCAGCGCCUUUGUGAUGCUGAGUUAAGGAAGGAAAUAAAUAAAAUUUGGCCUAGCUUAUCUUCAAAAACGGUGGACUUGCUGGUGACACCUCAUAAACAUAAUGAAUUGACUGUAGGGAAGGUCUAUGCUGCUCUGAUGAUUUUCGACUACUAUAAGCAGAACCGAGCCAAGAGACUCCAACAGCAGCAGGCUGCACCAGGCACACAGAGUAAAGUCGGAGUUCUCUUCAGACCAAUGCUUCCUCUCACACACUUGCACGAUCAGGAGCCAAUGCUGCCACAAGCCCUACCUGCUUCUCAAUUAGAGACCACACCACAGCCAGAGGCACCGCCCACCUCCUUUCACCUGACCAAUGGGGAUGCAGUACAAAGCCAGAGCAGUGGCAUGAAAAAGUUUCCCUCAGGAGGCAUACCUCAGGAAGCCGCACAGGAAGCGAACAGAAGGCCUGUCCAACGUGGCCAAUCAGAAGACGUGCCAAACACAUACAGAUCUCAGGAAUUAGUUGAGAUGAGUGACAUGGAGAAUGACUCGGAUGUGGGUGGGUAUCCUGUGCUGGAGGGUCACGGCAGAGCUGCCUCCAUGCCCAGACUCAACGCUGGCUUUCAGCGGAGCCACUUACGCCACACCGCCGGAACGUAUCUAGCACCUAUCGCAGACGUGAGUCCCAUGCGGCGGUCUACGUCCUCGUUGACUCCUCAGAGAGGGGUGCGAGAGGUCAAUCUGAGCGAAUAUGACCUGGAGAGGCCCCAGAUGGCCUCAGGUCAGACCCUCGCUCAGGAGAGAGAGAAGGAGCGAGCCCAUCAUCAUCAUCACCAUCAUCAUCACCGCUGCCAGCGGCGCAGAGACAAGAAGCACAAAUCGCUGGAUCGAGCCAUCAGUGAGGAGCAGCCACCGCCCACAGCAGCAGAUCCAAACACUGAGUCAUUGCCUAGGGAACGAGCGCGGGAACGUGACCGUGGCCGCUCCCACGAGAGGAAGCACCAUUCAUCCUCAGCGGCGGAAAGACAGCAGCGGUACUACUCAUGCGACCGCUACGGCGGCCAUGAACACGGCCACAGCGUGUCCGCCGGGCCCAGCCGGGCCACAUCGCCAGGAGAACCACAUGACCCAAACAGGCUUAAACAGGGAAUUAACACUGCUAAAGGAAGUUCAGUCGCUCAUACCUCAGGCACCAGCACACCCUGCCGUGGGCGUAGACAGCUCCCUCAGACGCCCCUUACUCCUCGGCCGGCUGUUGCCUACAAGACUGCCAACUCGUCUCCGGUCCAGCUCAACACUGCCCAGUCUACAGGGCCCUGCCCCACUCGCCUUAGUCGUGGCCUGUCAGAGCACGAUGCCCUACUCAGCGGUAACGCCCACCGCCAAUCUCCCGUGCCUGUCACUCGGAUCAGCUCUGACCCCAACAUGGGUCCCCUCCAGCAAGACUCGCACUUGUCUGAAGCGGAUGACUUCCACGAUGCCUUGAGCACGUACGGUGCGGGCCGCUCCCCUAGGACUGCACCCUCCGUCACCUACACAUCGUCAGGUGCAACCUCCACUUCCACGCUACUCUCGCGCAGCCAGAGCGGAGUCCCCAACGGCUAUCACUACUCCCUCGGAGUGAACUCGGCACCCGGUUCGGGCGGCAGAGCAUCUGGAAGCUACCAGGAGACUGAGAGAGAUGACUGGUGUUAGCAUGAUUCAAUCUAGCAUGCGUUUUAUCAUCUUUGCCCUGAGUGGAGGAGCUAUUUUUGGGGGGAAACGAGUUUUGUCCACAGUUUACACUGCUUUCUGCCCGUUUACCAUCAGGUUGAGCACAUACGAUUUUAUAAAGGUGUACUUCUCUUGUUUAGAAAGAAGCAGACAACCUUGUCACUGUUUGCGAAAGUAGCGGCAAGCUGGAAAGCGUUUGGAGGUCUUGAUGGGUUUCAAACAGUUUAGCCUCAAGUGACACUCCCCACCGCUUUUAAUUUAGUUAGGGCUGAUUCCACAUGCAGGGAGAUGGUCACAUCAGCUGUGCCUGUGAUCAAGACCUCAGACCUCAGAGAGGAAGAUGCCCUAAAAUACAAGCUAUGAUCGAAACACUCUUGAUCAGUUGUGUGAAAGAAGUGAGAUGUUUAGUUGUUGUGGUUGGAGAGGUUGUUUAGGCUCUUUGCACAGGACGCAAUGACUGAAAAGUUAUUUCUAGGGAUUUUGGCUCUGUGUCCACUAAAAGGUUUUUUUUUUUUUUUUUUUUUCAGAGGCUUUGUUUAGUUGUUUGCAAUGGAACCUCCAUAUAUUUUUUAAAAAAGCCAGCCGAAUGAUGAGGCACAGAGCGUUUAUUCCACGCUGAGCGUUGCACGCUUGACGUUGAUGUUCAACUUAACUUGGAUCAAGUGGAGGAGAGACGGGACAAAUACCACACCGACCAGCCGUCACAUUCUGCUUGUACAAUGACUGAAUAACAAUGGUCUGAAUAUUCAUUUCCAUACCAGAUGACAUCCCUGGACUACCACAAUAUUAAUGAAAAAUAAUGCUUGGAGAACCAUUUAGUUUGCAAUGAGUCUACCAGGUAAGCAGCUAAACACUGCGCCUCCAAAGCGUUCUCAAGUGCCCACAACGGGGCAUUUUCAGAAGAGCGCCUGGCUAAAAACUCUUUGGUGGACACACAGCCUUAAGGUUUGUGCUGCUGUAAUUCUACGUCCUUCACUAGCUUGAGUGGAAUAGAUGGUUUGCUCCCACCUACUGAAAAAAGGCCAAAUUGAACUCACUUUUCUAUCAGACUGCAGUAGAUUGAAUAUCUUUUCACAGUGUUCCAUUUUGUACCUUGUAAAUGAUCCGAGUGUAGCUGGACAUUACAUAAGGUCUAAUCCUUUUCUUACUCUUGAGAGGUAAGAUACCAAGUGCCUAAAUUUUGAGAUUUUAUUGCCACAUUGGUGCGCAAUGCAUUACGAAGCAUUUUGGCUUGAAAGAGGCAGCGAAUAGAAGCUCUAUGGUGUAGGUUAAAUGUCACCGAUAUUUGUUUCUUAAAUGUACUUGAGCAUGUAUUUGAGGAAAGAUAUUGCACAAAACAAAGACUGUAGCGUUAUAAAGAUAGUUUAGGUGGAUGUUGAUGAUGUUGGUCUUUUCAGGGUGUAUUAAUGAAAAGAUUCAGUGGAAAAUUGAUGAUAUAUUAAAAAUGCUAAUGCAGUUGAUUUAUAGAGGACUGAAAGGAUGUUAGAAGGUUGUAUUUGUUGGUUGCUGUUGGUGUCAGUGUUGUUUCCAGAGGGUGUAUUGUGAGCUCAUGCCUUUCUCUUCCAGUAUUUAAUUAAAGGAGGAGGAAGGUGAGGGAACUGAAGCGCUUUAUUGACUUCCACUUGUGUCUAUUGUUCACCACGCAAAAAUGCUUCAGUGCGACCUGUUUGAAAUAAAGACUAUGUUGUAUUUUUGAUGUUUUUGAUGAUAGUUAAUAAAUUAAGGUUAAUUUA